GUUAGUCAAGAUCAAGGUUUUGAGUAAUCAAGGUCAAUGUCAGUUAAGUGCUCGAAAUCAAAAAUUAUAAAAAAUGCUUUUUUUGGUUGUCGCCAAAUUUUUUAUUCUAUUGUCACUUGGUGAAGCGAUGACAAUGAAACAAAUAAGAAAUACAGGAAAAAUGAUGAGGAAACAAUGUCAACCAAAAAAUAAUGUUGAAGAUGAGAAAAUCGACCCUCUCGGCAAAGGUGUAUUUAUCAAUGAGAAAGAAGUAAAAUGUUAUAUGGCAUGCAUUAUGAAAAUGGCUAAUACGAUAAAAAACGGCAAAAUUAAUUACGAAGCAGCAAUGAAACAAGCCGACUUGUUGUUACCAGAAGAUAUAAAAGAACUAGCGAAGGAAGCACUUACGUCUUGCAGAAAAGUGGCGGAUUCACAUAAGGAUGUUUGCGAUGCAGCGUUCUAUAUUUCCAAAUGCAUAUACGAGUAUAACCCAGAUAUUUUUUAUUUUCCGUGAUCUAUGGCACCUAUUGUUUUUUAUGUUACCUCAUCAUGGAAAAAUAACAUUUAAAAAUAUAUUAACAAAAAU